GCAGAGAUAUAAACCAUGAUGCUGGGGGUUAUACGGAGAAGAGUCGCCAAUGGAGGCUCGUCUGCUUCGGUUAGAACUAUUUUAAGGAAGUCGAUGCAGACAGUUGAGCCUUCAGUGUCUGCCUGUAGAGUUUCAGGGAGGGAGAUACUUUUCCGUCCGAGAGGACUUGGGCAUGUUCGGAAAUUUAGUCAUGUUAUUUUACCAGGCUGCUCUAUUAAUCUAAAGGUGAUUGCAGGUUGUAGACCAAUGAGGGAUUCCAUUUCCAACACCCAGCGAGCAAUUAAUGUGCGAAUUUGGAGCAGGCUAUUUUCUUCAGAAAGCGGGGAUUUAGUUGAUGCUGUUGUCCCUUUUAUGGGUGAAUCCAUAACUGAUGGAACUUUGGCGAAAUUCUUGAAAAAUCCUGGUGACACUGUUGUGGUUGAUGAGCCUAUUGCUCAAAUUGAAACGGAUAAGGUAACAAUUGAUGUUGCAAGUCCAGAAUCAGGUGUGAUUAAAGAGCUUGUAGCCAAAGAAGGGGAUACGGUGGAACCAGGUUUCAAACUUGCUAUCAUUUCAAAGUCUGGUGAAGGUGUAGCACAUGUAGCUCCCUCAGAGAAAAUACCAGAGAAGGCUGCUCCUAAGCCAUCUCCUGCUGAGAAGAUAAAAGAGGAGAAGCCAAAACCUAAAGUUGAAACAGCUCCUGUCUUGGAGAAGUCUAAAGCACCAUCUCCGCCACCUCCUAAGCGCACUGCAACUGAGCCCCAGCUUCCCCCAAAGGACAGGGAAAGACGGGUUCCUAUGACAAGGCUACGAAAAAGGGUUGCUACAAGAUUGAAGGACUCUCAGAAUACAUUUGCAAUGUUGACAACUUUCAAUGAAGUUGAUAUGACUAAUUUGAUGAAACUCCGUUCUGAUUACAAAGAUGCUUUUGUUGAAAAGCAUGGAGUCAAAUUGGGACUUAUGUCAGGAUUUGUAAAAGCUGCUGUUAGUGGGCUCCAGAAUCAGCCAAUCAUAAAUGCAGUUAUUGAUGGGGAUGAUAUCAUAUACAGGGAUUAUGUAGAUAUCAGUAUAGCUGUUGGAACUCCUAAGGGCCUUGUGGUUCCAGUUAUCCGCAAUGCUGAUAAGAUGAAUUUUGCCGAUAUAGAGAAAGAGAUCAACACCCUUGCGAAGAAAGCAAAUGAUGGAUCAAUAUCAAUUGAUGAAAUGGCUGGAGGUUCAUUUACGAUAUCUAAUGGUGGUGUUUAUGGAAGCCUUUUGAGUACACCCAUCAUUAACCCUCCUCAGUCGGCCAUUCUUGGUAUGCACUCAAUAGUGUCUCGCCCAAUGGUUGUCGGUGGCAAUGUAGUCCCAAGGCCAAUGAUGUACAUUGCUCUUACAUAUGACCACCGGCUGAUUGAUGGAAGAGAGGCAGUUUUCUUCUUGCGUCGCAUCAAAGAUGUCGUUGAGGAUCCACGCAGACUGCUCCUUGAUAUAUAGAAAACCAAGCUGCUGUUCCGUUUAAUAUCACACUCUUCUGGUAAACCCAGGAUCAAAUACCCUUAUAAUUUAUCGAACAAAAAAUAAAUUUCUUGAGUUUGAAGUUUUGUAGGGUUUAUUUCAUGAGUUCUUCAAAUGCGGCUGGCCAAAUUGAAUUGGAAAUGAGAAAAAAAGAUAUUUUUGCCCAGAUGGUCGUUCCAUUUUGUGCGUCACUUUCAUUUUGAUAAAAAAAACAUAAAGGAAACGUUUAUUUUCUGUUUUAACAGCAUGUAUAAGACCAAUGUGUAUGAAUUAUAUAGAUUAUUUUUUCCUAAAUGAACAUCAA